ACUUACCUGAAAAGUACCACCGUGUUCCCGUUACAGCUAAAAGUUUCUCCUCAAGUCCUCUCUCUCUCCAUUUUGCCCUCUCCCUGUUGGCACCGCCGCUAUUCGAUAUUUGGCGGGGCUCUGGCCACCGACCCGAGAAUCUGUCAAAUGGGUUUUUCUCCUCUUGGGGUUGGAACUUAGAGGAAUGUGAGAUUUGGAAGUGAGGGAGUGUCGAGCUUGUCGAGAUCAUGAGAGGGGUUGAAGGAAGAUUUUGUGAGGAAUUUUCACCUGCUUAUUAUGGGCUGUGUACUGUUGGAGGAAUGCUCAGUGCUGGCGCUACCCAUCUCGCAAUCACGCCACUCGAUGUCCUGAAAGUUAAUAUGCAGGUAAAUCCAAUUAAAUAUAACAGGAUGGGUACAGGGUUUUCUACUCUUUGGAAAGAACAAGGCCCGUCUUCUCUUUGGAGAGGUUGGUCUGGAAAGCUUUUCGGAUAUGGUGUUCAGGGUGGCUGCAGAUUUGGUCUCUAUGAAUACUUUAAGAAGCUUUACUCAGAUGCAUUGAUAGAUCAUAACAAGAGUACCAUAUUCUUCCUCAGCAGUGCAUCUGCUCAAGUAUUUGCUGAUGUGGCUCUCUGUCCUUUUGAAGCCGUCAAAGUCCGAGUUCAAACACAGCCCUACUUUGCAAAGGGCUUGGUUGAUGGGUUUCCAAAGUUAUACUCAGCUGAAGGGAUAACUGGCUUUUACAGAGGACUUUUACCACUAUGGGGUCGAAAUCUUCCAUUUUCGAUGAUAAUGUUCACGACGUUUGAGCACUCAGUUGAUCUUAUUUAUCGCAAGUUUAUGCAAAGGGGAAAAGAGGAAUGCUCAAGAGCCCAACAGCUUGGUGUUACAUGUUUAGCGGCCUAUGCUGCAGGAGCUGUUGGUACCGUCGUCUCCAACCCUGCUGACAACAUUGUUUCCUCACUUUACAAUAAAAAGGCUGCCAAUGUGAUGCAGGCUGUGAAGAACAUUGGAUUCAUUAAUCUGUUUACUCGAAGUCUUCCUGUUCGAAUUACACUUGUCGGCCCUGUUGUUACCUUGCAGUGGUUUUUCUACGACAGCAUCAAAGUUCUUUGUGGAUUGCCAUCUAGUGGAGGGCUUUCCAGGCGUCUUGAAGAAGCUAACCUAUCAGCUGAAUAACAUAGAUUAGAUAAUGAACAGUUCAGCUGGUUUUUCAGCGUUGACACCUCGUCAUGCUACGGUUCAUCCCCGGUGUCGGUGGCAAUUGAGUUAAUAGUUUUGUUAUAUCCGGUUAUAUAUCCAUAACAUUUCACGGAUAUGCAACCUAGCUUCGUGAAACUUUAUAGUUUAGGGUACAUAAGAUGUAAAUAGAUUCUGCUGUACGAUUUUAUGUUAAUGUGCAGCAGAAGCAAUUAUAAAAUGUGGUUUGGAAGACAUUUUGUGUACUUCAAAUCUUGUUUUUUGUGGUAA